AUGAGGUAUUCUUUAUGGAAUAAUUAGUGAGGAAAACAAAUAAGAAUAACAAAUAGUUUUUACUGUAAUAGAAGAGGGCUAUUUUGAUUAGUUACUCAAAAGAGUACUAAGAAAAACCUAAGAACCCUAACAUCCAAUAUCAUUGAAGGAUGCUCAAGCUAUAGUAAAUACUAUUUCUCGCUCUUCAGAUUUAUAGUCUAUUAAAGAUUUAGGAUUUAAAGAUUUUGUUGGAUACUUAUAAUCCAUAAGAGAUGUUUAUAUGGAGUAUAGAAAAAAUCAAAAAAAAGUAUAAUAAUCAGAUAUACCUGAUGAUUUAGAUGAAAUGGUUAUAGAUUGUUAUAAGACAGUGCCUGGAUAUUUUUUUGAUUAACCAUUCAGAUUCAACUAUCAAUUAUUUUCAUUAGGCAAAGAUAAAAUAAAUCAGUAUUUAGAAGAGAUUAAAGAUCAUUUAGAUGAUGUAGAGAUUACUUUAUUUUUUUAAAUCAAUUCUCGUUUUGAUAAUUUUUUAACUAUUGUAUUAAAUUUGAAUGAAAUGAAUUAAAUUAUUGAUUAGAAUAUUAAAAAAGUUAAGAGAAUACGAGAAAUUUAUAGUAUAACAAGAUAGCAUAUGAUUAAAAAAAGCACUGAAAUCACUAGGAAAAAACAAGUAAUAAUUUUAUAUAGUUUAGACUAUUGAAAAAGUUGAAAACAUUUUAUUCAUUCUUAAACGUGUUUAAUCAAUUUAAAAAAGUUUUAUUACAUUAACAGAACUAAUAAAUACUAAAAAAUAUUCCUAAGCAGUUUAAUUACUAAAAGUAAGUGAAUAAACAUAUUAAUCAAUUAAAUCAUUAUCAAGUUUAAAAUUCAUACCCUAAAAAUUAGAAUAAUUUUAAAAAAAUCUAUUAAUUACAAUUUAAAAUCAUCUUUUAUCAAUUAUGCUUACUUAAAUGACAACUUUAUUAACACCAAAUAAAUAACUUAUAAAUUAACUAACACAUUAAUUAAAUGAUCAUGAUGAUUCAGUCCUUGCAAAUUCAUAUGUAAAUGAUAGCUGGUUUGAAUAAUAACAAUAAUCUAUUAUUUCAAUCAAUAAACAAUCAGAUGACAGUUUUAUUAAAACUCUUUUAUCUUCUUCUGGUAUAAUUGAUAUGGGCGAUAAAAUAUUUAAAUAAAAAGUCAUGGAAGAAUUACAAGGAUACUAUUAAGAAUUUCUCAUAGCAAUUAAGAACUUUUUUAAUCAAGAGGAUUCUCAAUUAUAAACUAAAUUUGAUGAAUAGUCUAUUAUGGAAUAAAUAUCUUAAUCUAUGGAAGAAUAACCAUUAAAUAUCUUUAUAAAAAUAGUUUAAUUUUUUUCAGAGAAUUUAAAAAAAACAAUAAAUCUUUAAAUUGCACUUGCUUAAUCAAUUGCUAAAAAUGUAUUGGAUUAACCAAAACACAUGGAAAUAAUUGAAGAACAUUUUUCUAUUCCUGUAGCUAUGUUAAAAUUUGCUAAUGAAAAAGUAGCCUUAUUAUUAUCAUCAAAAAGAAUUGCAUCUGAAUCUUCAGUUAAAGAUUUUAUAGAUUUACUUUAGGUUUAUAAAUUUUGGGAUUAAUUUUAUUAAUAAGAAAUGUCUAGAAUGAAUGAAGAUUUACAAAUUAAUGAUAAAAUAAUGUAAAAAAUUAGAGGAUAAUAUUAAAAAUGCUCUAUUAAUUAAUUAAUUUAUAUGAGAAGUGCUUAAGAAAAGCAAUUUCUCUAAAAUUUUCAUAAAGAGAAGAAAACACAAUUAAAUAAAUAUCUAGAGAAUGAAAUGUGGUUAGCUUCUGAUGUAUCUUUUGACAAUUAUGAAAUAAUUACUUAUUUAUUAGAUUUAGAAGAUUUGAAACAAGUAGAAUAGUUAGAUGAAAGUAUUCUCCUUAAUAAUAGUACAAUGGCAGGAAAAAAUUUAUUACCUUCAUAUGUAAAUAAUUAACACUUUAAAAUUAUAAAAACUGAAAUUAUCAUUUUAAAAGAUAAUUCAAAAUAUAAGGUAACACAAGCAUUCUUAUUUUUUUUAUAAGCUAUAAGUUAGUAUAUGCAUUUAUUUGAAUCAUAUUCAAUAAUUAAUUAUGAGUAAGCAUAAAAAUUAGUUGAACUAAUUAAAAGCUAUAAUUCUUUAUCUACUUAAUAUAUUUUAGGAGCUGGGGCAGUUCAUUUUGGUAAAAUAUCAACAAUUACAGCUAAAAAUUUAGCUAUAUCAUCAAUAUGUUUGAGACUCUUUUUAUACUUAUUAGAACCUUUAUCUAACAAAUUAUUUAAAAUAAUUAAAUAAUAAAUAAGUUAAUAAUAAUAAAAUGAAUUUUCAAACUUAAAUCAAAUCUAGAAUGAUUUUGCAACAAUCAAGGUGGAUUAUGAAAAUCAUAAUGCUGAAGUAAUGGCCAAGUUAACUACUAUUGUAUAAGAUAGAUUUUAUAAACAUUUUGAAGAUAUUGCUAAAUUAGAUUGGAAUGUAUUAUAUUAUAUAUUUUAUUAAUCAUAUAGGAUUCCUAAACUAAAAUUACUGUUCCAACUAAAAUGACUAAUUAAAUUUGUUAGAAUACAAGAUCAUUAUAUGUGGCGAUUGAGGAUAUUAUUACAAAAUACGAUCUUUGUUAUGUUUUUGGUCAUAUUGUUUCAAUACUUAAUUCAGAUUUUGUCAAAAUAUUCAGAUAACUUAAUAUUACUUCUAAGUAAGAGUAUUUUUGAUCAUUUUAGAAUAGGAUUUACAAGAAUAAAAGAAGAAUUAGACUAUUUUAUGAAUUCUUUGAAAGAAAUAGGAUAGUUGCCAUAAAUAUUAGCAGAUUAAUAUUAAAAUUUAGAAUCAGAAAUCACUGUAGUGAUAGAAAGUAAGUAGCAAUGA